UCCUUCCAUGUGUUUAACAGCAGCACUUACGAAGUAACAUGGUUUCUCGUGAUGAAAUGGGGAAGCACUGUCUGUACAGUCAGGACUUUCCAACAGCAUUGCAGCUCGGAUUGCGGGAACUGUGGGAGGCUAAUUGUCUCUGUGAUAUUCGACUUGUGGCGGAAAAUGAGACGUUCGCAGCGCAUAAGUCCGUGUUGGCGGCCGCGAGCUCGUAUUUCAGGAUUAUGUUUACCGCGGACAUGCGGGAGAAGCAUAUGGGCGCAGUAGAGCUGAAGGGAGUCACGGCGUCGGGACUGAAGGUGGCCCUGCAUUUCAUGUACACGUCGCAGCUGAGCGCAGACCCGAGCAGCCUGGAGGACGUGCUGCUCACGGCGACAUACUUGCAGAUCGCGCAGCUCACGGAGUGCUGCGCCCGACUGCUGCAGGGAGCUCUGGAGACGGACAACUUCUUGACGAUUCUCACGCUGUCCGAAAAGUACGACUUGCUUCCUUUGAAGGAGGCGUGCUUGUCAUUCAUUUCCCAAAACCUACAUGUCAUUUUAGAAAGGCACGAGCUGUCAUUGCUUCGGCUGGACGCCUGUUCGUUGUUGGCACUACUGCAGAGAGACGAUAUUAGCCCCCGAAUGAACGAAAGAGCCAUUAUGUCUCUAGCUUGGAGGUGGCUGAGCCAUGAUCUGGAGAAUCGUCUUCCUUAUUUGGAUUGUCUUGUCGAUAGUGUCCGCCUUGGCUUAAUUUUCCCACCGGGAUAUAACUUUGAAGACAGCGGUGGAAAUGACGACGUCGCGCUUUUGAAGUUGUUCCCCGGAGCGGAGAGUUACAUCAGCGUGCUAUCGGGCCCAGCAGUGAGACACGAAGAAGAGGGUCCAUUUAAAAACUGGUUCAGGAUAAGAUCAACGCGCAAGGGGGUCCUGGCCACGUGUGGCAAAACUAACGGGAGCCAGGGCUGCCAAGAAAUAAUGAUUCUGACAAAUGAUGAGGAUAUUGAGCACAAUUCCUGGAGAACUAUUACACAGGCAGAGGCAAAAUACAAUCACUGUUCACUGGUACUUGAUGACUACUUGUAUAUUAUAGGGGGGCAGAAUUCCUUGCAGAGUGGUAGUCAUGAGGAAGAGGCUACAGCAUCUGUACACCGUUAUGACCCUCGUUUUAACCAGUGGGCACGCCUUACAGACAUGAAUGUACGCCGUCGACGAUUUCAUUGCAGUGCUCUGCAUGGUCACAUUUACGCAGUAGGAGGCAGAGGAGAAGGUGGGAUAUUGUUUUCAGCUGAACGCUACAGUCUUACUGAGAAUAAGUGGACAUACAUUAAGACUUUGCCUUGUCCACUCUCUAGCCAUGCUGGAACGGUGCACCAGAACAAGCUCUAUGUAUCUGGUGGCUCAUCAGGGGAAAUUUUUUCAAACUCCGUAUACAGAUAUAGUGAACAAGAAAAUAAGUGGGAAGUGCUCUCACCACUUCGGUAUGCUCGUGGCUUCCAUAGCAUGACUUCUGCUGGAGAUAAGAUAUAUGUUAUUGGUGGAGUUUUGAUUAUAAGAACAAAUAGACAGAGUCGCUCCUACUCUGAUGUCAAAGUAACCGAAUGUUAUUGUCCUUCAACAAACCAAUGGACGGAGCUAUCCCCUCUACCUGUGGGACACAGUCAACAUGGUGCCACUGUCUUAGACAAUAUGAUUUAUAUAAUAGGGGGCUUCUCCUGGUGGUAUGAAGGUUUUCUUAGCAGUGUUCAUGUGUACAACUGUGAAAACGAUACAUGGGAAGCAGGCCCUGACCUGCCAAGACCUCUAGUUGGACUUUCUAGUGGAACGCUUCUCCUCCCACAUUACCAUAAUGACAAUGUCACAGCACCUUCAUAAAGUCACAGACAUCACUGCAGAAACAAACCUAAGACACCUCUUAAGAAAGAGAGAAAGGAAGCAUGUGAUGGUGAAGUGCACAACUCCACGAUCUCAGUCUUAAGUAAAAUGUCAGCAAAAUGAGAAUUGAACUCUUCACCAAGACCCCCAGUGACCUGACCCAAAAUGUUUUGAAAUUUACACAAUGUUUUUACUUCUUGUUCUGCCAUGUCAAUUCGAUUCAGUUGUUAAUACUAAUUAUGACUGUGACCACUAGAUGACACUAAAUCAACAUUUUGAUAUAACGAUUUCACAAGCUAGCUGUUGUAUACCAGUGGAGAUUAGUGUUAGGCAGGUGAAGAGUUUGUAUCUGUAUAUGAACAGAUUACUUUAAGUGUCUUUAGAAUCUCUUAAGACGUCUGUAUACAUCCGGAAGUUUGCAAGACUUGGUGAGCUAGUGUAACAAAUAUUUAAAAACAUUUAAACAAGUCAGAAUUCUUCAAAGUACAAUAUUCUAAAUGUUACAGAUCUGCCACGUCCAAAAAGAAAAAUCCAGCAAUUCAGGGUAAGGGUGGAUAAAGGGCUCCAGCGAAACACACACAUUUGAGCAUUCACAUAGUGAUUUAUAAAACACUGCAAAGGUACGGUUAUAAACCAGUCAAGUCAUUCAUUCUUUCUUUGAUUUACCAAAGCUACACUGAAACAUUUGGUCAAACCUUUCUUUGGUUAUAAAUGUAUUUUGUAAUAUUUAAAAAUUAAAAAAUGGAAGCUUUCA